AACCCCACACCGCACGUAUAAAAUCAUAUACAUAAAUACACACGUACAGGAGGCAAAAGUAAGAUGGCAGCCACCAAGAACAAAUUGGAGAAUUGCGAGGUAUGCGGCGCGGCUAAAGCGCGAUACACUUGCCCGAAAUGUGAGGUUAGAACAUGCUCUCUCACGUGCGUGAAUGUUCACAAGAAGGAGCUAGAAUGUGAUGGAAUCCGGGAUCCGACCAAGUUUGUCUCUUUAGCGUCGUUUACUGACUUGGAUUUACUAAGCGACUAUCGCUUUCUCGAGCAAGUUGGCAGAUCAAUUGAUACAAAGAAGAGAAAUCCAGAGAUAAAAUACACUCGUCAAGGCAUUCUACCAGUGCACUUACAUAAAUUGAGAUGCGCAGCGUCCUGUAGAAAAGUGUCACUGUUUUAUAUGCCACAAGUUUUUAGUCGACACAAGGAGAACACUACAUAUCUUAACUGGAAGACCAACGAGCUAUUCUGGCGUCUAGAAUGGAUUUUUCCACAAGCUGAAAACAUAAAGUACACAAUAGACAGAACUCUAGACAGCGUAAGAUUAUCAAAAUUGGUGGAACAGGUUUUAGAUCCAGUCUCUGCAACAGAUGAGAUUGACAUCGAAAAAUUGAACACAAAAUUAUUUUUAGCUGAUAAAUUACAGUUUUAUAGAGCAGCUGGGUUAACUAAUAUCAAAGUUCUUUUAAAAGCCGAGAAAAUAAAGAAGGCACAGUUCAGGUUUUAUGAUUUGGAUCUUACACUUACGUUGCAAGAAAAUUUGGAGAAUAAGACUAUAGUGGAAUUUCCGACAUUACAUGUUGUUAUGAAAGAUCACUCGAAUAUGUAUGAUAUCAUAGAUACUGAUGAAGAAAUGAGUGAUGCAGAGUGUACAAGUUAUGGAGCAAAGAAAAGAUACAACAAUAACAGGCCCAAUGAUAACAAAAAAGAUGAACCAGUAAACUAUUUCUUCAAUAAUUUUUCAGAUUCUGAUGGUGAGAAUACGGACAAUAAAGUAAAAAAGAAGAAAAGAUCGCUUAAUAUACCAAAUUACGAAGAGUUAAUAAAAAUGUAAAAAUUACGUCCAUUAUAAAUAUUGACUUAUAUAUGGAUAUUUUUAUUGUAAAUACAUUAUAGUUUUAAUACAGAUGAAAUACAAAUGUAGCAACAUUAAUGACGUGUAUGAUCGUCUAUAAUACAUUUUUUCCUUAAUUGGUUCUUUUUCACGUAUACUGAUGAUACAUAUAUCUGCACACCACCCAAAAAUACAACCGCACUCAAAUAAUAAAUAUAUCUUUUUAAAUUUAUACUAAUUCGGGACUUUACAAAAUGUAUGAUUCAAUAAAGAUAUGAUAAAUAAAAUCCAUAAGUAUAAGGAAUGAGAGAUAAAUACAAUCUUUUA